GGAAAAGCAAUUAAUUAGAUUAUUCCUUACUGAAAAAAAUAACGCCGUUACUAACGCUGCUAUAUUCUAACGCCGUUAUUACCAACACUGCUGAUUGGACCAGGUCUUGGUCCGAGCUGCCGGGAUGCGCUGCAGAUUCCGACCCCGCAUCCUGACGUCGGUGCUGCUGUGCGUGGCCACAGCUGGGCUGUUCCUGGGCUCGAUGGGGAACUUCCCAGUGCCGCUCUCCCUGCGCAGCCUCUGGGGGUCACGUCUCUGCUCCUGCAGCAAAUGCCUCCCGGAGCGCAAUCCCUGCUUCACCGAGAUGAUCCAAGAAGCGCCGCAUCCAUUUUUGACCAAGGAACAUGCCAUCUCUGCAGCAGACUUCAAGUGGUGGAAGCCCAUACAGGGGGAAAAACGCAACUUCACUUUCUACAACGCAACAGUGGAAAAAGUGUUUGAGAUGUUCCCUCGCUUCCCAACGCUCCUCGGCCCGCACCCGGACCGCUGCAGGUCCUGUGCUGUGGUAGGGAAUUCUGGGAAUUUGAAGGGGUCGCGUUACGGACCUCUGAUCGAUCAACACAACAUCGUAAUCAGAAUAAACCGUGCCCGCACUGCAGGCUACGAACAGGACGUCGGGACCAAGACAACUCAUCACAUCAUGUACCCAGAAAGUCGAACUCAGCUGGACAACUCCACCUACCUCCUGUUCUUUCCAUUCAAGACCACCGAUUUUCUGUGGCUCAUGGACCACUACCGUCCGGAAGAAAAUGGUGCUGAGAAGCCCAAAAGAAUCGCUAACAAGGAUUUAGUGUUCAUUCUGAGUCCAGCGUUUAUGAAGUACGUUCACGAAGCUUGGCUGAGGAGGGUCGGAAGUUAUCCCUCCACCGGUUUCAUGGCGUUGGCUCUCAGCACGUACUUCUGUGACGAGGUCCAUGUUUUCGGGUUUGGCGCAGACAGGGAUGGAAACUGGGACCAUUACUUUGAAAAACUACAAAACAAAAACCUAAAAACAGGAGGUCAUCCUGGCAGCUACGAAUACACAAUGAUCGAGAAGCUGCACAAGAAGAACAUAAUUCAGUUUUUUAAAGGAAUGUGACUUUUUUUUUUUUAUUGUCUUGAUGGUGCAAUAAUCUGCACGCAAUGAUUUACAAACAAAAGGGAUUUUAACCAGGAGCAGACUUUGCUUCCAGUUUAUGAUGGAAAUAACAGGAACUUCUGUUCUGAUACACCCUGGCAGGAGUCCGAGCUUUUGGACUGUGUAUCCGCAUUUGUGCAGCUACAUCAUGAAAAUGUUCAAAAUGACAACAGAUAUGUGGAUGCGUUAAUGCGUUGCUGAAAUCGCUCUGCUGGCGGCGUUGCUGACAGAUGACGUCAUGUUAAACUAGCCGGGUUGUUUCCGGAGGUUUCGCCACUAUGAGUACUCCAUGCUUUAUCCGGCCAAUACUGGUGCAUCCCUGAUGUUUGAUACUGUUAUAUUUUGAUUAUAUAUUAUUUAAUAUAGAAUGCUUGAUGCAUUGUCUGCGUACAGAGAUUUACUCAUGAAAAUGGGACUUUUAAGCAAAAGUGGGCAAAGUGACACUGAUAUUUUUGUUGAUAUAUAUUGAUUAUUUCUGUUUAAAUCGUGCAGUGCUCAAUACAUCCUGGUGAUGACUUCUUUAAUUUUUGAUUUAUUCACAGAGCAAGUUUUUUUUUUGUACCUCCAUAAAUGUGAGAGAUGGAAAGCUGCUGCUUUAAGUGUUUUUCUUGUUUGAAAAUAAGGCGUCAGCUCUUUGUUCUGAAGCGCUCAGUUAAGUAUAUAGUUAGACCUGUCCUGCACUUUAGUCCUCCUCCAGGUGGGUUUUGGUCCAGGCGAGUGUUUUCCAUCUCAUCAUGACUUUAUUUAUCUCGUCAUUGAGUUUCCUCAGACCGUGACCAAGCCCUGUCUCUAGCGGCUCACGGUAAACAGAAGAACAAUUGAACUGAAAGAGAGCGCGCCUCAGUGAAAUGAGAGUUACGGAGAACAGGUGGGCUCCACGAUCAGCAAACAAGGAAGUGGAGCAACCGGCGCUGACUCCCUCCUCCAGAUACAGCAGCAGUUUGACAUGGGAUAGUGUAACCACACUCAGUCACCCUUCACCGCUGCCCGACUGGCCCAAACAGCCCCUCGACUCUGCGUUGUGUUUUGUCCAGGGGGCUGGAAUCUGUGAUCUCCCACCUCCUCUGUCGACGGUCAUUUUCAGUGUCAACAAAGCCGAUUCUCCACAGCUCAUGAGGUUUUUCGAGACCGUGAUCUGACAUCCCAACAGCUCGGCUCAGACAGUCUUUCUGUUGACGUUCACGAUCAAAAUAUUCCGUUUCAGGACCCAGAGACGGCUUGAUGGUGCCUGCUUUGAAAUGGUCAAAAUUAGACAUGUUGCUCAAAACCAUAAUACUUUCAUUAUUGUUAUUAACUACUGCUGGGAUCUAACGACCAUGAAGAA